UUGGUCCUGGUGUUAGGUGACCUGCACAUCCCCCACCGAUGCAACUCCCUACCAGCCAAGUUUAAGAAGCUGCUGGUGCCAGGCAAGAUCCAGCACAUCCUCUGUACAGGAAACCUCUGCACCAAGGAGAGCUAUGACUACCUAAAGACACUGGCUGGUGACGUACACAUCGUCAGGGGAGACUUUGAUGAGGUUUUUAUAUCCGCUUCUCUUCUGCUUUAUUACGUGAUCCAUUAUCUCAAAAUGUAUGUGUCAUCUUUUAAUAGGUUAGAAAAGUGGAUGAACUGUAGUGUUUUCUGCCUUCUCUGCACUACAGAACCUAAACUACCCGGAGCAGAAGGUGGUGACAGUGGGUCAGUUUAAGAUCGGCCUGAUCCAUGGGCACCAGGUGAUCCCCUGGGGGGACAUGGCAAGCCUGGCCCUGCUGCAGAGGCAGCUCGACGUCGACAUCCUCAUCUCUGGACACACGCACAAGUUCGAAGCCUUCGAAAACGAGAACAAGUUCUACAUCAACCCCGGCUCGGCAACUGGAGCCUACAACAUACUGGAAAGGUAAUGGCGGAAUUUCUACAGAUUAAGCCGUUCACAUUAUAUUUAUUGGGUCAUUUAGCAGGUGUUCUUACAGUGACUUGGUAAGUUGCUAACUGCUAGCAUUACACUGGUGUGUAAACAUAAGCAUUCCUCUCCUUUGUUUGGUUUCUCCUCAGCAACAUCAUCCCGUCCUUUGUAUUGAUGGACAUCCAAGCAUCCACAGUGGUGACGUACGUCUACCAGCUCAUCGGAGAUGACGUCAAAGUAGAAAGGAUUGAGUACAAGAAAUCCUAAAGCCAGGGCUGUAAAGGGAGGGAGGGGUGAGGCAAGGGGUGCUGUCAUUCACUGUAUCGUUUCAUUCCUUUCUACUUGCAGCUCCAACUACAUAACCACAAUGCUAAUGCUCUAUCAUAACUGUUUGCUAACUUAACUCUAGAAAGAAAUGUGGCUUGUGUUCGACCCACCAUGUGGUGUCUGUAAAAAAAAAAUGCAAUUAUCACAUGAGUUUGCAUAAUGUCAU